AUGAACGUAAUCUUGGGCUUGGCCCGGGUGGCAGCUUCAAUUGCUGCUUGCAAAGUGCGUAAUGUUCCCGACGCAGUUUGUCUGCCCAAGAACCGCGACCUGUGCAUACCGACGGAGGAUUUUCUGUUCUUCCGCACUCGGCUCUCACGGGUUGUGCUGCAGCGAGACUUACCAUGGCUUGCGCCCAAGCUCGAGGAGGCGACGACGGAAGCCCUGGUGAACGUCGAGGACUGGAAGAGCACUGGAGCUCUCCAGCGCCUGCGCCACUCCAACACCGACCUUACGGCAGCCCUUGCUCUGAUCUGCGAGGGCCUCCUCGAGGCGGAGAGGCAUGCGCUUCGGCUCAUUGCCGGUGUGCCCGCUCAUCAGAGUGGGGUCUUGCGCUUGGCGGUGCUGCUGCUACAAGAGGUUUUGGCAGGACCCUGGUCUAGGGUUGCCCUCUCCGGCUGGCCCGUUUUCGCCUUGCUGGCGCGCAUAGCGCGGGGCUUGGUCCUUGGCUUCGGGAGCAGCGCCCGACAACGCCGCUCCUGCGCGGAGAGCGAUUGGAAGCUCGUUCUGCAAGCAGCGAACCUCACGGGCGUGAGCAUGCCCCCUGACAACUACACCCUCUUCGAGCUGGCAGACUUCAAGCGGUUUCAUACUUCAUACUUGCAAUGGGACUCCAGUUGCCUCUGGGAGGCCGCGGACCUCCUCUCCGUUCCCACCGCGCCCAUCUGCGUCACGGUGCCCCGGGGUGCGUCCCAGCCUUCCACGUCCGCGGCCAGGGACUGCAACGUGUAUUGGCCCGGCUGCGAGGCUCCGGAACCUUCUGCCCAAAGAUCGCUGCAGUAUCGCCUUUAUCUGCCCCAGCGCCGGGAGCUCGCCGCGGACGCCAUCCGCGAGGAGCAGCGGCCCUACUGCGCCCUGAACCACCGGGGCUGGGUGGUGUCCGAGGCCGAGCACCUCUUCGCCAAGCUGGCGGAAGAGCAUCGGGCGGGCGCCCCGAAGCGCCCACUGCAGCUGGUGGAGGUGGGCAGUAACUUUGGCGACUGCGCCUUCGCUGUCAACGCCGUGGCCCGUCAGGUGGCGUGGCCGCUCCGGGCCACUUGCUUCGAGCCCGGCGAAGAGGCUGCCAAGGUGUUUCGGAAGUCGCUGCGCCUGAACCUUGGCGCCCGGGCCGCCAUCACUGUGCGCGAGGAGGCCGUGAUGCCCGGGGACGAGAAGACGGUCGAGUUUGUUGUUCCAGACUCCAGUGGUGUACACGGGUUCGUGACUGGUGCGCCGGUGGAGGUGUACACGAAGCGAACAGGCAUGACGCCGCGGAAGAGCACCGUGCGCACCAGCCGGCUUGACCGGGACUUCGGCGGAGCCGCGGUCGUGGACUUGUUGCUCAUUGGGCUCGUCGAUGGCGAGAUGGACGUUUUUCAGGGCGCGGAGCGGCUGCUAAGUGAAAUGCGGGCCAAGAGCAUCGUCACUUUCAGUGUUAAUGAAACGCGUUUGCGGCAGCACUUCGCUGCCUUGAACUACAGCUUCGUCAAGGCGUUCCGAAUGGGUGUGGAGAGCCUGCAUCUACUCCGGGCUGACGCAAGCCUCGGCUAA